AUGGGUGUAUCAAAUGUCGCUUCACAGCCUGGUUCUGCAUACCAGCAAACUGUUUCCAUGCUUCAUCAGUCAUUCAAAAAUCCGAAUUGGCCUCCAAAUUUUAUAACUCCUGAUAAUGUUUUGGAUUAUUUUUGCGAUCCGGGAAAUGUUUUUUACGAUGUUUCUUCAUGCAAUCAGCAUAUUAGAAUGCAAAAUCUCAAUCGACCUUUACAUGAUUGUUUACAGUCUAUGCAAGGCAUCCAAUAUACAGUUGUUGGCACAUUCCCUCCCUUAUAUGUUAUAAUGAAACAGCGUCGGAAUAGCCCUACAAAUGUUACACCUCUGGCUUAUUACUAUAUAGUGAAUGGGACAGUGUAUCAAUGUCCGGAUAUUUAUACAUACAUUCAAUCAAAAUUGAUUAGUAUUGUUGAUCCACUUCGACAAGCGCUUGAACAAGCUCGGAAUUUUAAUAGAUUCAACAUUGCUAAAGGAUAUUACUGGGAGUUCAAAGAUUCUAAUGGUGAAACUAUCAAAAAAGCAGUAGAAGAAGAGGAAAAGCCACAGCUUGCCCGAAGUACUUUUUAUCAGCGGACUCGGACAGAUCAGAUAUUACGGGAACUUUUUGCCAAAUUUCCACCUCCUGACGACGUUCAAUUUAACUUUGGUGGAAGUGAAGUAUCAGCAGAAGAUGAUGCAGUUGCAGCUAGCAGUAUAGUUGAGAAAUCUAUACGGCAUUCCUCUAUAAACAGUCAAGAUUUGACGGCAACGGAAGACUCAACGUCAGAAAUCAGCCAACAGCCUGCUUUUACAUCACCAUCAAGCGUUCCUCUGAUUCCGGCUCAUCGAAGCACAGCAGAGUCUUCUAGUGGCCCUUUAAGUUUUCCAGGAACUGCACCAGUUUUGGGAGCGUCAUCAACGGAUUCACAACACGAAACUGACGCCAAACGUUUCAAAGGGAGUUAA